AUGGUCAAGCGGAAGAGGCAGCGGGUGGACACGAGCCAGAGUCCUGAGGCCGGAGAAGCAGGGAUCCUAUCGGUGGUGGUCAGCAAGGUCGAGGCGGACCCUGCUGCCCCAGAGGCUCCCCAGGAAGCUGUGCUCGUCGAGGAGGAUGUACCAGACACAUGCCUGCAGCCCACCUCCCUCCAGUCUGGCACGCAUGCCCUUGCCGAUGAGGAGCGUCUGCGCAAGGACUACCCAAUCGCUUACGCCGCACGGGAGCUGGCCAUCUCCCGGGAGGAAGCAGACCUGGCCGAGCGGGGGGUGCAGUACCUCGUCCUUCGCUUUGGGAACCGGCACACCCUCAUACCCAGGGCACGCAAGAACAAGCACGAGUGGGAAUUCUUUGUGGGCCUGGAUGGCGGGGAGGAGACGCGCUUCAUAGACCACGUGGAGGUGCGGCUGCACCAGGCCUACCGCCCCAGCUCGCUCCGCCUGGAGCAGCCGCCCUUCAUGACUCGCCAUCGGACCAGCACGGGGUCUGAGGUGAGGGCCCUGGUCACGUUCAGGAGCGAGUACCAGCGGCCCCCCCUCUGGCUCGUGUGGUCGCUGGACCUCCAGGGGAACGGCAGCAGCCAGACCCUGGAGUUUGAGCUGCAGAAAGGAGGACUGCCCAGCAACCACGACCUGGAGACAGGCGCGGCCGUGGUGCCGAGCGACUGGUGGGAGUCGAGGGGGAGCAUGCUGAGCAUGCUGGGGACGGAGGACUGGCAGGCCGCACUGCUGGGGCUGAUGUGGCAGUCUGGUCGGUGGUCGGGCCCGGGCGAGGCGAGCGAGGUGAGUGAGGCUGGAGCCGGGGUUGUGGUCCUUGACGUCAGAGACUACGACUUCGAGGGAGGGCACAUCCGGGGCUGCAUCAAUCGCCCCGCCGCCAGCUUUGACAAGGACGCCGAUGUCGACAAGUUCAUUGACACCGAGCUUGGGCCUGGUGUGAAGACCGUGGUCGUACAUUGCGCCCUGUCGCAGGUGCGAGGACCCUAUACAGCCCAAAGGUACGAAGGAGGGCCGAGGGGUUGA